AUGCUGCUUCGAGGGUACCCAAAUCUCUAUCUCGGCCACCAUCCGCCGCAUAUCCUGGUCGCUUUCAGUGUCCUCUCCUGCUCGGGAGCUUCGUUCAAACCCCGAGUUCAGUUUCGGGUAGUGCGGCGGAUCCCCCCUCCCGCGGGUUGGUACAAGCUGAACACCGACGAGUCGGCGCUGGGUAAUCCUCACCCUUCCGGGGGUGGGGGGAUUUGUAGAAAUGAGAGCAGGGAGUUGAUCUUCGCGUUCUCUAGGGGCUAUGGGGUUGGCCCAAACAAUGCAGCAGAGCUCAGGGCCAUUUCUGAUGGCCUCUCCCUUUGCACCUCCUCUGGGCUGAAAGCUGUGGAGGUGGAAACGGAUUCAAGAUUAGUAGUGGGUAUGAUUAAUGGGGUUUCCCUCUCAUCUUCGAAGUGGAAGCUGUGGUUGAACCAGAUUGCUAAUUCGAGUCACUCUUCCUCCUCUAUCUUUAGAGCCAUUUUCAGAGAAGGAAAUGCUCCGGUGGAUACCGUGGCUCGUCUGGGCAGCUCCAGCCAGGUCAACGUUAACUACUCGGCCACCAAAGACCUCCCUCGGGUUACUCUAGGCCUGACCUUCUUGGAUAAAGUGGGGCUGGGGUCCCUGAGAGAGUGUAGAUAG